AUGGGCGUGCAAAGGAAAGUUCGCAAAUUUGCCGUCACCAAGCGAGCAAUCUCCCAACGUGAUGCUCGUCUCAAAGAUGACAAAAGCGAUAAGAAAGGCAAACCCACCAAUGAUGAUGUAGUCCGAGAAGCACCCCAGGCCCCUUCAUCGCUCUUUUUUCAAUACAAUACGGCCCUAGCGCCGCCGUAUUCCGUUCUUGUUGAUACCAAUUUCAUAUCCCACACCAUUCAGCAUAAGCUGGAUGUCAUUCCAACCAUGAUGGAUUGCCUCUAUGCCAAGUGUAUCCCUGUUAUCACUGAUUGUGUGCUGGCUGAGCUGGAGAAGCUGGGCCAGAAGUACCGCCUAGCUCUGCGUGUCGCCAAGGAUCCCCGGUUCGAGAGAAUCAAAUGCGACCACCCAGGUACCUAUGCUGAUGACUGUCUUGUUGACCGGAUCAUCAAGCAUCGCGUCUAUAUUGUGGCGACCAACGAUCGUGAUCUUAAGAGGCGGAUUCGGAAAAUACCCGGUGCACCUAUAAUGAGCGUUGCCCGGGGAAAAUAUGUCAUUGAACGACUACCGGAUGCUCCUGAGAAGUGA